AUGGACACAUCUUUUGCUUCAAAUCGUGGUGGUGCAUUUACUUUUACAUCUGAUAAGCGUGCUUUGCUAAGCGCACAAAAGUUAGUUGCGACUCUUCCAACGUUCCUGGCUGAUUGUCUUUUGCGAACUGAUUCUGAUGCUACUGUUAAGUUUAUUCCUCAUAAUUGGAUUUGCGUUGUAACGGAUGGCAAACUUUUCUUAUGGCGUUUUACUCAUUUAAAGGAUAAUACUGUUGGUACAUCUUCCUCAUGUCGUCAGUUUGAGCUUCCAUCCAAUCAAGGAGCCCAUGCCGCUGCAGUCUCUGGUUCAUGCUUCGAAAAUGAUGGUCGCCCACGCCUUUGUGCGGCUGUGGUUUCUGAUAUCCUGCGUAUUUGGCCCCGUGGUGUCUUUGGAGCUGUUGGACGAUCACAAGUUGUCUACGAUUGCAUAGAUACUCGUCUCAACAGUCUUAAAAGUGGAGAAUCGUGUGUGGCUUGUGAGGAGGGUCCAUGCUCUGGCACAUUCCUGUUGGCUACCAAUCAAGGUCGUAUCUUUGGCGUUGAUGCUCGAACACCUCAAGAACAAGUUUAUGUCUUUCUCGUUAGUGAUGGUGUCACUAACCUUCAAUCGGUUGGUUCUAAUACCGUGAAUACUUCUGUUCAGCUCCAGAUGAGCAUGUCAGAGAAUCCUGCUAACACAAGUCUCCUUUCCGGCCUUGGUCGUCGGGUUUCUUCGAUUUGGUCUUUUGCUACGAGUAAAGUCCCCGUUCUCAAUGUCUCCAGUUUGGUUUCUUUGGGUGGAUCAUCAACAACAGGAGUAUGUCCUGUUUUAACCCUCGGUUUGACUGUUACUUCUAAGUAUUUGUUUGUCCUCUUAUAA